AACUUGAUCUCCGUUCGAACUUCUGUCAUCGAGUUGUCAUCCCCGCAUCAUCAUUUUCCUUUCGUAGUGUUCAAAAAUGGCGAGUCGUGCUCAAAAUCGUCGUCCGGCGCAAGAAGUCGAUAAUACCAUCUCGUACGUCCAGUGCGAUGGCCUGGCUGCGAUGAAGAUGGUCAAACAUUGUCAUGAGGAAUCGCGGAGCAACAUGGAAGUGGCCCAGGGUGCCCUUCUCGGCCUUGUGGUGGACGAUCGGUUGGAAAUCACCAACUGUUUCCCGUUCCCAAAGUCGUCCGACGAGACAAUCGAUGAGGAAGAGUACCAGCUCAAUAUGAUGCGUCGUUUGCGUCUGGUCAAUGUGGACCAUUUCCACGUCGGAUGGUACCAGAGUGCCGAUGUUGGCAACUUCCUGUCGUUGCCGCUGCUGGAAUCGCAGUAUCACUAUCAGACCAGCAUCGAGGAAUCGGUGGUGGUCAUUUACGACACGCAAAAGUCCGCUCGGGGCUUCCUGACGCUGAAGGCCUACCGGCUCACUCCUCAGGCCAUUGCCAUGUACAAGGAGGAGAAGUUCACUCCGGAGGCGCUGCGCAAUCUCAAGGUUGGCUACGAGAAUCUUUUCAUUGAGAUUCCGAUCGUCAUCAAGAACUCGGCCCUCUGCAACAUCAUGAUGUCGGAGAUGAAGGAAAUGGUCCCCGAGGAGGAGGGAACGCACUUUUUGGACCUGGGAACGGCUUCCGUGCUGGAAAAUCACCUUCGCUGUCUGAUGGACCGCGUUGAUGAACUCAAUCAGGAGGCCAACAAGUUCAACAAGUAUCAGCAAACUGUCAUUCGACAGGAGCAGGAUAAGCAUCGCAUGCUGGCCAAGCAUGCCCAGGAAAACGCGGCCCGUAUCGCCAAGGGUGAGGCCGCCAUCCCGGACGAAGAGGUUCAGAAACUGUUCCGACCACUGCCGGUUCCGUCGCGGUUGAACCCGAUGAUCGUGUCCGGCCAGAUCAACACCUACGCCCAGCACAUUUCCCAAUUCUGUUCCCAAUCGUUGGCUAAGUUGUACAUGACCCAAGCCCUGCAAGGUGCCAAGGAAAACAAGCAGUAAACUAUUGUGUGUAGCAAAACAGGUUCUUAGCUGAUGUAUCGAAGAGUGACAAGCGGACACAGAACAUUUCCAUUGUAAUUGAAAGUGCGAAAGAGAGAAACUUUUUUGGAGUAAGAUAUCGUUGAAGUUGGUAUUUAGAAAGCGGUAAUAAACAAGGUUUUCGUAAUCGGAUUAGUUCUGAAUAAGAUCAAAGGAACGCCGAUCCGGAUGCGAUUCCGCACAAGAA